AUGGUGUCAACAACAUCCAACGACGGCAGAUCGUCGAUGCGAUCGCCCUCGCACGAAAUCGAAAUGAAUGAAUUGCAAGGCAGAGUGGAAUCCAACAACCAGCAACUUGAACCUACAGAUCAAGGACCUGCCGCUUGGAGACUGCUUUGUAUUGCGUUUGUCUUGAGUCCCUGCUAUGGGAACUAUUAUUCCAAGCUUCCCGAGUUUUCUGAAAACCACUAUAUCUCAGUGGUGGGUACCGUCGCCUCGGGAAUCUCCUACUUAGGGGCUCCUCUUACCGCCCCAUUUAUCAAGCGCUACCAAAGGUUUCAGCGACAGAUGAUCUGGUUUGGAUGGUCCAUCUGCAUUGUGGCACUGAUCGCUGGCUCCUUUGCCUCAACUCUUGAAACCCUAAUCCUGACACAAGGAGUGGCGUACGGACUCGGGUUCCUCAUUCUGUAUUACCCGAUUCUCAGCAUGGUGGACGAAUAUUGGAUUUCUCGACGAGGAAUGGCAUAUGGAAUGCUAUGCAGCGCAUCUGGACUUUCAGGUGCAGCGUUCCCUUUCGUUCUUGAAAAGCUACUGAACACAUAUGGAUAUCGGACCACGCUGCGGGCUACUGCUCUUGCACUAUUUGUGGUGACGAGCCCCUUGUUGCCCUUUCUUAAAGGUCGCUUGCCAGUUUCGAGGCAUAUCACGGCCGCGCGAGCAGAUUGGAGCUUCCUUCGAAAUCCCCUUUUCUGGAUGUACACAAUCUCGAAUGUGGCCCAAGGAUUAGGAUAUUUCUAUCCGUCUCUCUACCUGCCCUCUUAUGCGACAGCUAUUGGAUUGAGCAGUGUUGAAGGUGCACUUCUUCUGGCCCUGGUGAGCAUCUCUCAAGUGAUGGGCCAAUUUACAUUUGGAUUCUUAUCCGAUCGCAAGUUCUCCAUCGAUAUUCUCAUCACUCUGGCAAGUGUUAUAGCUGCCAUAGCUUCAUUGGCCUUAUGGGGACUAGCACAUUCUUUAGCACCCUUGAUCGGCUUUGCUUUGAUUUAUGGCUUUUUUGGUGCUGGUUAUACUGCUAUGUGGGCAAGAAUGUCGACAUCUGUCAGCGCCGAUCCAACGGCUACACCGAUCAUUUUCAGCCUGUUUUGCUUUGGUAAAGGUAUAGGUAACGUCUUGACCGGACCUCUGAGUGGAAACUUGUUAUUCCCCAGGCUGGAAUUGGAGAGCUAUGGGCUAAGAAAGUACAUGGCCCUGGUCAUAUUCACCGGUGGCUGUAUGGCCUUGAGUGGUAUGAGCAUCUGUUCCUGGCACCUAGGUAAGCGGAUUCUGCCGUUGGGAUAG